AUGGCGGACGUUGUCUCGACCCCAGAAACUGACGUGGACAAGCAGCCGAGAGGGCUCACUCUCAGCGAAACGAUUGACAAAGUCAUUGCUGAUGUUACGGCCGAAGCGAUGGUUUGUUUAUACCCCUCCGAUAACAGUGAAACAAUUUUCACUCAAAAAAAAUGGAUACAAAUUUACUAAAUUAAACUCGGUUCUCAAUAGAAAUUUCAAAGUGUUUUGAGGAAUUUAUUAGUUUCUUUUCGGGAAAUUUUUCCAGCGCGCUCAAUUUCACGACUCCCAAUUUUGAAGGUCAUUUGUAGUGAAUUUAGCGUUGGAUCGAACAAAAAAAAACGAAAAUCCAACAGUUUGCAAUGUGUGGCGCGUGGCCCCAUUUGCCUUGCCAAAAAAUAUUUGUAUAGUAGGGGAACAAUAUUUUGAAAAUAAAAUUUAGAUUGUUUUAAAAAAAGAGUCAAGGAGCUUAGGAGAAGGUUUUGCACCUGUCUGAAGAAACUUUUCAAUAUCUCCAGAAGGCUUUCGAGUCAGAAAAUGAGCUUUUGAGGCCAAAUUGAAAAAAAAUGCUAUGGCAACUCUUAUCAAGAUAUUGACUUUCAAAACUAUUCUUUCACGCUAUAUUCACUUCAGGAACCGCUGAAACAACUGAACACGAACACGGAGAGCGGCGACUUCAACGCCUCGCCGGACGCACUUCUCCUGUCGCCGGCUCAUUCUCACUCGACCAACGCCGACGUCACGAUGGACCUGGGCGAGGAGAUCACCGUCGCCACGGCGAUCAGCUCCGACAAGGCUCGCAGUCGACAGCUGAACGUCAUGCUCGACAAGGUUCGUCUCAUCAACAGUUUUGAGCCAAAAAUGAAAAACCUUAGGGCUCUCAAAAUCUUUAGCUUCUUCCCUAUAGGAAAUUUCACGCUAGCUUGUCCUUUUUUGCCAAAAACUGUAUAUCAGAUUUAGCUCAGAGAGACCCUUCGUUUUUUCCCGACUUUUUUUGAAGUAUCUCGAAGCGAAAACUCAAAAAAAAAAGCAGUGUUACGGUAGCUUUUUUGAUAACUGUUUGAAAUCGCGACCGUUCUUAACGAACUAUUCCUAGGAAAAGUUCGAAAAAUAUCCUAAGAAUUUUUCUGAAAAAGGUUCCUAUGUCCCCCUUUAUGAGCCCAAGUCCACUUUUUUUGCGGCUUCUUCAAUUUUAAACCUUUCUUGAAGGACAAAUUCCUAAAAAAAAAGAAUGAAAAGCUCGAUUUUUAGCGGCCUUUCUGCGACAGUUUUCUUUGUCAGAAAAGAUUUCUCAGCUCUCGUUUUUUUUUUCCUCUCCCUUUUUUUUCUUUCCUACUCGCGGGUACAAAGAGAGAAAUAUCGUGGCAGACGCGCCGGCGUCUCUUUGUGCCUUUGCGAAAAAUUUCGAAAACCCUGGUUUCGCAACCAAUUUCUGCGAAUUUCGCUAAGCAAGUGGCAACAAUGGAAUGGCACCCGCUGCGUGCCCCACACCGACAUUUGAUGAAUCGUGUAUCGGUAGUUGACAACGACUGAAUUGCUCAUAAUAGCAUUCAGAAGAGUUUUCACGCCUUUCGGGUCUGAAACUUCUCUUUUCACUUGAGAAAUUGUAACGAAAAAAACCUCGAAAAUGUUUUUUUAAAAAAUCAUGACUUCGAAGUUGCAAAUUUCCAAAAUGGCUUUCCAUGUGACUUCAAAAGUUCAUAAACUGUUGAACCAUUUCACGCGAAAAUCCCCAAAAAGAGAAAUUUGCCUGCACUGUUCAAAAGUGCAAAGCAAUCCAUCUGAUACGUUGCGUUGUUCCUCACAGAGGACGGUCUUUACGGGUUUCGCGUCGAGGGCUGUAAAAUUGAGAAUACGCGAAAGGCUGUCCCAAAGACGAGGGAAAUUUCCGGAUUUGCAGUACCUCGCCAAGACCGGCAACAAUUUGUAUCCACAUCGAGAUGAGAAAGAACGGCUCGCCAAGGAGAUGAACGUGACUUUCCAGCAGGUUAUUUCGGGAAACGCUUCGAUUUCUUCAAUUUGAAAACGUUUAGGUGAACCGUUGGUUCGCGAAUCGGCGUCGCAAGCAGACCAAAAGAUCGAAAAUGGCCGUCAACUCGCCGGUAAUGAUGAUGGCCACCUCCGCCGCCGUUUCCAAGGAGGUCAGUUUUUCUGUGAAUUCUUUGAAAGUGUAAGUCUGGGGGUGUCACCAAAACACACAAAAGAAGAUUUCAUUCAAAUUUAUUUAGAUUAUUUAUUCAAAAUGUGAAACUGAAUUCUUGGACCUAUGUUAUUUUCGGAGUUUCAGGUGACUUCCCGAGUGAACAGCCCCCUUCAAAGCAACGAAAACGCGCCUCCGACGUUGAACGGCCAGCAGCUGACCAACGCCGUCCUCGACGCCAUCAACGGUCCGUUCCUUCUUCUUUUCCGCACGCACUGAAUCCUUGCACCUGCCGAAUCUCAUAAAGCCGAGCCUCGGGGGCAGGUGUUGUCCAUGGGGCGCAAUUCGACUCUUCAUUAUCUUUGGCGCGCAUCUUGCAUCUCUCAUUUUACGCGCGCGCGCGACGACAUGAUCUGCCGCUGACCCCUUGUGUAUAUUGCACGCUUGACGCCUGUUUCUUUUUCUCUGGCCUCGGCUUUCUCUCUUCUCUCUCUCUCUCUCCCUCUUUAUUCGGUCGACCUUGAGCCGUUCCGCUUUAUUAUUUUUCUUUUAAUCGAAUUUUGGAGGUCAUCGGAAAGUUGCUUCGAAAAUAAGUCUGAGAAGAGAAAAUUCAGGAAGUUUUCGAACUUUUUGGUGCCCAAAUUCUGAUCAUUUCGAAAAUUGAGGAAGGAAAAUCUGAAGCUGUUGGCUUUCUCGAAAUUUCUAAUUUCUACCACGAAAAAGCCUCGUGAAGACGACCUCCUCUGAGAAGACGAUUCCCUCAUUUACUCGAUCCAAACGCGACUUAACGACCCGUUGUUUCCUCUUCUGCGCGGCGGUGCACACGUUGCGGCCAUCUGCCGCGGCGCUUUUUUCUCCCCCAAAUGUCUACGAACGGGUCAGAAAAAGUGGAUUGUUAUAACAAAAGAAGAGCACAAGAAUGUCUCUUUUGAGAUUGUCUUCACAGUCUGUCUGAUCUGCUCAGAAGUAUUGAAUUUUCUGGUCUUCUGGAAAAAAAACUUUUCUACAAAAUGAUCUCCCAACUUUAUUUGGAGUACAGCACAAAUAACCUGGCAGUUAGAUGAUGGGAAUAUUCUUUUUUCCGAAUGUUUGGUUAUGGAGGAGAGGUUCCGCCGGCGCGACAACAAGCCAGACCAGGUCAAGCCGGACAAUUGCGGCCGACCUCGAAAUCCUCACGAAAAUCGAAUAGAAAUCGCCUCUUUUUCAAUUGUAUAGCGUCAUGAAUCCGACGGUCAGUUGGUGAUAUUCCGUAGAGUGGAGUAGGUAAUUUACUGGCCAGUGAAUGGCUAUUCAGGUAGGAUUAAACCUCUCUGUGGGGAGAGAGAGAGAGAAAGAGAGAAAGUCCAGCGGAGACCCAGUUUGGCUUGGCUGCUCUCAGCGCGACGACGCACUCGACGGCUCUCCGCACCCUUUUCGCUCCACAAUCAGUUCUCGCCGCUCGCCACAACUUUUAGGUGCUCCCAACCCAAAAUAUAUCCUUUUUUCCUACUACGUUUAGAAUGUUUCCCUUGAGAUUCGCCUUUUCAAGUUCAUGGCCGCUUCAGUUUGUUGAGAAAGUUUCUUUUAUGGGCAUUUUAUAAUUAUUUCGAAUCAAUUUUAACAAACUAAUAAACCGCUAGUUUCGAUUAUAGUGAUCUCAGGCCAAAAGAUAAGAGUCUGACUAGGGAAUUCAAUCCGAAUCUGAACGAUUUUUUUCACGGACUUAUACUAAAUUUAUGGCGAAUCGUAAUAAAGAGUCGUAGGCGUCUAAUUGACUCAAUUAAGUUGAGAAAUGCGUCCUUUAUUCUUUUGUUUCCGUCUCGAAUGUCUAUUUUUAGACACAACGGUCAUCCCUAUCGAUGUCUGUGUGCCUUUUGCUCUACUGUGAGUCAUACGGAAAUAAAAAGCGCCCAUAAAUAUCUAUCCCUUUCAUCAAUCAGGACUCAAAAUUAUAAAAAAUUUUUUCACUGCAAAAAGAUGUUUUCCCGGCGCGGAAAGAAUGAUUUUUGAGAGCAAGGAGCCAGUAAAUAUUUGUGGGAAAGGGGUUGUUGACGAGUUUUAAGGGAUUAUCGAUUAUUUUGCAUUUUGCAUGACGAAGAAGGUGGUACCAUCCAGCCCAUGUCUCAAAUAAAUCGAACCCUUCAACACGUCUCUGCUUUUGGUCCAUUCGCAAAUAGCCUUUUCGAAGUUUUCCGAAUAAGCUUAUUUCAGAUGGUUUCGAAAGAACGGUCUUUUGAGCUUUUUUUUUUUGAAGAUUGCCACUUUAGUUUUCGUUUUUUAUAGAUGAUUAUGGCCUUUAAAAAGUCUUUUUUCAUGUUCCGUUUGUAAGAUAUGGUUCAUUUCAAAGACUGUUCAAGUAAAUUUACAGCUGCAAAAAAAUCUUUCUAAUUUUAUUUUUGCAGCAUCUUUAUUUGAAGUUCUUGCUGAACAUUCAUUAUUUUUUUCCCCUCGAACUGUCAAAAAAAAACUUGUUUGAGAUAGGAAAUUAUAAUUUUUGUUCGAUUUCAAGUUUUUCUAGUUCUGUAGUAUGAAGAAGCCUUCCUCUCCCUUCAUAGUCAAACUCUCGAUCAUAUCCAACUCAAUCCAUGAAAUGAUAUUGAAUACAGAUUUCGGAUAACCAACUUUGGAACCUUCAAAAACGUCUAGAAGAACUCGAUUUGCACCCUCUCCUUCUCUGGACCUCUUCUAUUUCUCAGGCGUACGCCGUCUGCGUCUCCUUCCUCUCUGCACGGUUUUUUCAGCCAACCCCCUCCGCCGCCGCCGCCACAUACGUGUAGUAGUGGUGGGACUGGCCGGCGGCUCGCACGGCUCUUUCUUCUCGCGUCCAUCUCGCCGUUUCUAUGCACCUUUCAGUCCUUCGAAAUCGAUUCCUUAACUGUUACAAAGAACGUUUCGCAAGCAAGGCUUUUUCACUCGAACCUUCUCAUCUCUUUGAAAAUAGGCUUAGACACUCGUUAUUUGAAAACCAAGUUUCGAAUCAUCUUACCAAAAUAAUCAAAGAAGCGUGCUUUCCGAAACUCGAAAUAUUCAGUCCCGAAAAGAUGGUUUUCUUAUAUUUACCAUUAGUCAAUCUUUCACGACAGUAAAGCUCAAAUCAACAUUAUAUUGAAAAAAUAAAUUAAUCACGCGCCUUCAAAAAACAGAAAAAUGUCAAGAACUUCAAAGAAAUUUUCUGAUUGACUCUACGACAAUAGGAGAAGACUUAACCUUCGAAACCGAGUUUUCAAUUGACCUCUUAUUUUCUCUGCCCACCAAAACAUCUUUGACCGAUUAAUAUAUCAUUUAUCGCAGCUUUUCGAUUAGCUUUACAUAACUUUAAUGUUUACAGCUAGUAAUUUAUAUCAAAUUCUAGAAUUUCUUCCCAUCUUUUGAACUUUAAAUUAUAUUCUUAUAAAAUCAAUUCUUUUUUCUUUUCCAAAUUAUAACUUUAGAACUGAUUCCAAGCAAGAUUUUUUAAAAAGCUAAAAAGCUGCAAGAACUUGGAGCUCUAUCAGAUACGAGAUGAGGAUUCAGCUGGAGAAUAUAUAUUUGGCGUUUCUCAAUUGUGCUCUAGAGCCGAGGAUCUUGUUAAUGCGACAAUUAGUCUCCGAGGCACCAAUAAUUAAGAAGGCGUUUCUGUCCAAGAAAAUCAUAUUUAUUCUAUUCAACUGUAGUCGAAAACUGUCUCACUGGUCUAAAGGUUUCUUUCCUCGUAAAAUGAGAGAAGGUGAGACGGCAAUUUUCUUAGACGCUCAGGGUGGCGCUUCAAUGACACAACUUGUCGACCCGACUCGUUUUGUCCUUGGAAAAAAUCGUUCUCAUGAAAUUUAUCUAACUUUUCUUCUCCUUUUCUUUUUCUCUCAAAGUCAAGGGAAGAUGACUUGGUUUUUUUUUUGGAAUCGAGUUCAUUUUAUAAGUUUUUUUUAUCAUAUCGUACAACAAUAACGUUGAAGAUCACUUUUUCACAACGUUGAAUUUUCUUUCCGAUUUUCGUCGUCAAUGCGGAAACAAAAAAAGUUUCUGAUGAGGAAAAACGACGAGAAUAGCGGACAACUGUUGCGGCAAAGUUCACUCUUGUGAUCUUAUCGCCAAGCGGAAAGUGUACGCGCCCAGGUCUUUCGAAACGUCCAGAACAUUUGCUCUGCGGCGAAUUGCAUCAUUGCCAAAGUGUUUCACCACGAAAAUUCCCAAUCUUUUCGAAACUCCACCGCCUAAAAUCGUCUGACAUUGAAGUCGAGUGCUGUUCCAUUUUUUUCGACCAAUUUCAAAGGUUUUUUCAACGCUCUCUCCUUUUUUCCUUGCUUCAGAAGUGAGGCGAGGUGAUGGUGUUAGUCGAAAAUGGAAGAGAAAGACAGGUUUUUUGUGCGUCCUCCGCCGAGGGUCCCCCACCUCGUUUCCUCCGUCUCCUUUUCCUUCAGUCCUCUUCUGCGUCGUCAUGGCUUCGGUUUAGGCGGAGGAACAGCCGCCAAAGCACACUUUGGGUUUAGAUUUCGACCGAGAGAUCAAUCUGAUUCGAUGAUCUGUUUGCAUUUUCUCCUCUCCUCGUACCUCAGAACAUUAGGCUCUUCUUUCGGAAAUGAGAGACUAUAGCAAAAUAUAUUAAAUUGAAAUAUUUUCAAAAAUAUAAUUAGUUACUCUAUGCUCCUCUGUGUAUUCAUACUUUUUAUCCAAUCAUUCUAGGAGUAAUAUCUUGUAAACCAACAACUUAGUUUCCGUGAGUAUUUUUCUUUGAACUUAGUUCCUUUCAACUGUUUUCCGAACCCGGUUCAUUAUCAGAUAAUCUUUGGUGUGUUGAAACUCGGCCUUUUCAACGAAACACAUCGAUCAAACAGUUUUUCCCAAAGUUCUGCUGGUGCAUCAUUUCUUUUUGUCGAUUCCUCUCGACUGGCUUGACCAGAGAUCUAAUUUCAAAUUUGCAAAAACUAAUAAUCAUGUAUUUUUUUUUGUCAUGAACGAAAAUCGCCUUUAGCAGACUAGAAAUCGUAUGAUUUACCAUGAAAAUAUUCAAAAGCUUGAAACUCUUGGCGUUUUUUUUCUAGUGAUUCAACCAGAAGGAUCAAAAGAUUUGAUAUAGUGAAUGAUAAUUUGAAAAUGUGCUUUUCAUUUGAAGUUUCUCCUCUCAUUUGAUUUGAAUUUUGAAAGAUUUUUCAUCGGCUUUUUUUUCUGCGCGACUUUACUUUUGCAAGUGAUCCUCACCUUGUUUUUGCGGCGCAAAGUGCAUUUCGACCCAUGUUUUUCCCAUGCCGAGUGGUUUUUGAUCUGUCCAAAGAACGAAAAAUAUUUUGAUUUCUAAUUUUUUCGAUUAUCGUUAUCUCUAUCCUGAAUUUCAAAUGAAACAUCAAUUGAAUGAUUAAUUUCAGCUCUCUCCGUGCAGCAAGGCCACGCCUCCAAGCCGGAAGCUGUGAAUCUACUUGAAGAAGAAGAAAAAAUGGAACAGUCGAACCUCAAUGUCAACAUCAACACUCCUGAGCCGCUGGCCAACGACGCCGCCGCCGAAAACGUCAGUUUUCCUCGCUUUGAAAUCAAUGAUUGAUGUUUAAAAAACAUUUCUUUCAUGUUCCAAAAUCAUAAUAAACUACGGGCUAGGCUUAAGGUGGGAUUAUAUGUUGUAGAACUUGGAAAUCUUCCCCCUCAUACAAUAAUUUACUUCAGCCGAUGGCCGGACUGAUCAACGUCAACACGACGGCGGGAGAGGUGGCGGCGAAGCUGCUGGCCUUGCAGCAGUCGCAACCGGCGAUGCAGCAGCUCGUCAUGGCCUUGCUCACUCAGCAGCUCCAGCCUUUCAACAACCCUCAGCUCCAGGCUCUCGCUCUGCAGCAGCAGAUCUUCUCGGUCCGUGCUCCCAGCGGCAACUGGAAAGUAAUCUUGUCUUUUUCAGCACCAACUCGCUCAGAUCGCCCUGGCUCAGCAAGCGGCGCCGGCCAACCAAUGGGGCGGUUCCAGCAUCUCGGCGAGUCCUGUCGUCAACUCUGACAGCGAGGUUCGUCGGGUCAUUCCAAAAAUUCUAGAUGAAAUCUUUAACCAGGGAAAUUUCUUAUGAGAAUAAGGAUGAUUUCUUCAUCUUAAUUGGAAGUCAGAUGGAAACUUUUGUAUUUUCCAACGUUAAUGUGGUCUUCUUCCAGGUUUCGGACCUCGCCGAGCUCUCUCCACGGUCGCCACUCCAUGGAAUUCAGCAGACAGGCCUCCAUCAGUACUACGGCGGCCCGUCUCUGCAGCCGACCCCAAGCGACUCGGGCCUCGUCUAUGCCCAGCACGCUCCACAGCGUCCAAACUCGCCGCCUUUCAAAGACCCGCAUAACAUUGCCGAUCCGGAGAUCCUGCGGUUGCUUGACGGCGAGACGUCGGAGCCGAUUCGACGUCCUCAAUAUCCGUAUCUGUUUGAGCCGGAGUUUAUGGCGAGUUCGACGUGCGAGAAAAUAAACGUGCUGACGGACCGCGAGAUGCUCGCCGUCGAUGUGCUGUAUAGGUUCCCCAACAAGUAUGCCUCAACCUGAGUGUCUUUUCUGAACCUCACCUAUUUUCAGUGAUAAGCGUGUCACCACCUUCGAAUGA